GUUUAUUAGUAUAUAUAAAUAGAACACCUAUCGAAGUGAACGGUAAAAGGAGGGAUUAUAUUGCAAUCGCCAAUAUUUAUUUUUCUUCUUACAUUUUAAGCUUUCAGUAACAGAAGAUGUGUCGAACCAGCCUACUACAGGAGUCGAACUCAGACAUCUCUCGCCUUCAAGAUAUAUUCUAGACUUAGUAAAUUAAUUCCUAGUACUUAAAAUGGAAGUUUUCUACGUAUCAUCUCUAUCCAUGAUCGGGUUAGAUGUUGUACGGAUGCUGUUUGUCGUCCUAAAUCGAUUGUGAAGAGCAAGCAAUGUGAACAUGACAGACGGUAUUCAUACAAACAAGUUGUACGUCAAUAUAUACGGCCUAUUCGUCUGUAAAAUCCAUACAUCUCUUUUAGCCGUUGAUGGUAAUUACUUCAAAAUCCUAUAAUUCUAUAAUGGCUCUGCCGUUCUCUUGGAUCAUCUUCUCCGCCAUUGUGAGCACUGUGUUCGCUGUUACAGGUGACCUGGAAAUAGCCUUUGCAGCAUUGAAUCAAGCAAGGACGCUACAAAAUCUGCAGCCUUUACUAUGGAGCCCGGAUUUGACAGCCUAUGCGCAGUUUUGGGCUGACCAGAUGGGGAGCGGCUUACAAUCAUUCCAGCAUGCAUCGGGCAAGUUCAGGCCCGAUCAGGGAGAGAAUCUCUUUGUGCAGCAAUCCUCACAAUGCGAUGUAGCAUACGAUUAUCCUUUCCGAACAGCCAUGAAUGCAUGGCUUGCCCAAGCGUCUUUGUACAAUAACCAACCGAUCACGGGACAUGAAGCGUGGCUGCACUGGUGUAAGCAUCACCAAACUGGUGACCAUGCUAAAGGGGCAACCGAGUGGCUAAUAAAUGUUGUAUCCUAGCGCAAUGUUUAUGGUCUACCACUACCCAGGUUGGAUGUGGUAGAGCAUAUAGCAUCUCGGAAUCUGGCAAGAUCUUCGUCGUGUGCCGAUUCUUCCCCGAGGGCAACGUGUAAGUGAACCAGCGUGCUUGGCAGUAGUAGGGAGAUGCUGAGAUAUUAUUAGUGUUGGCCAUAAACCGUUUUAAAAAAAAAGAUCGUUUUCUCCCCUUUCCUACUUUGGCUACCGUACGUUUGGAUGCUCGGUGGACAUGGAGCCCUUAGUGGGUGCAUUGACGUUGCGCAUGGAAAUGAUGAGCUCCGGAAAUCUAUAGCCUCUUUAUGACGGAUAGCAUUAGAGCAAUCCGAUACUCAACAGCAGGCUUCUGCAUCUAAGUUAUCUUUUAUUAUACCUCGAUUGUGUUAACGAAAGAUUUACUC